CUUUGUGGUUUUGAUCACAAUCAUCACAGUAGGCUCAGGAUAUUUACACAAAGCUUUGUAAUUGAUAAUAUAAAGUAUGAUCACAUGAUGCUUUUAGUUUAGCUGUGCACCUGAACUCACUAAGGGGAGUAACCUUGUCCUACAGCACUUCAUUUUCAUUUCCUCAUUCAAAGGCAGAGCACUGUUUUGGUUUGUGGGAGAGUCUUGGUAUUUGCGUGUAGCAUUUGGUAUACCACCCGGAUUCAAGAUGAAGACUGCCGUGCUAGCUGGUGUCCUGCUGGUGCUGGUACACGCUGCAUACAGCCAAGAGGUUAAAAAUGUUAUCUGCCCUGGUAGUGCAAGCCAGUGUCCUGAUGGAAACACCUGCUGCAAGCUAGCGUCUGGUGAGUGGGGUUGCUGCCCCAUCCCAAAUGCGGUGUGCUGCAGUGACCACACCCACUGCUGUCCCAACGGCUACACCUGUGACACUUCACAAGGAACCUGCACCAAAGGAGAUAUGACCCUCCCAUGGGAGACAAAGAACGUCGCCCAACCAAUCAAGGUUGAAGCUGUUAUCUGCCCUGGUGGUACAAGCCAGUGUCCAACUGGUACUACCUGCUGCAAGCUAGCGUCUGGUGCCUGGGGUUGCUGCCCUUUCCCUAGGGCGGUAUGCUGCAGUGACCACACCCAUUGCUGUCAAAGAGGCUACAUCUGCAACGUCGCACAAGGAACCUGCACCAAAGGAGCCUUGACCCUCCCAUGGGAGACAAAGAACGUCGCUCGACCAAUUGAGGUUGAAGCUGUUAUCUGCCCUGGUGGUACAAGCCAGUGUCCAACUGGUACUACCUGCUGCAAGCUAGCGUCUGGUGCCUGGGGUUGCUGCCCUUUCCCUAGGGCGGUAUGCUGCAGUGACCACACCCAUUGCUGUCAAAGAGGCUACAUCUGCAACGUCGCACAAGGAACCUGCACCAAAGGAGCCUUGACCCUCCCAUGGGAGACAAAGAACGUCGCUCGACCAAUUGAGGUUGAAGCUGUUAUCUGCCCUGGUGGUACAAGCCAGUGUCCAACUGGUACUACCUGCUGCAAGCUAGCGUCUGGUGCCUGGGGUUGCUGCCCUUUCCCUAAGGCGGUAUGCUGCAGUGACCACACCCAUUGCUGUCAAAAUGGCUACAUCUGCAACGUCGCACAAGGAACCUGCACCAAAGGAGCCUUGACCCUCCCAUGGGAGACAAAGAACGUCGCUCGACCAAUUGAGGUUGAAGCUGUUAUCUGCCCUGGUGGUACAAGCCAGUGUCCAACUGGUACUACCUGCUGCAAGCUAGCGUCUGGUGCCUGGGGUUGCUGCCCUUUCCCUAGGGCGGUAUGCUGCAGUGACCACACCCAUUGCUGUCAAAAUGGCUACAUCUGCAACGUUGCACAAGGAACCUGCACCAAAGGAGCCUUGACCCUCCCAUGGGAGACAAAGAACGUCGCUCGACCAAUUGAGGUUGAAGCUGUUAUCUGCCCUGGUGGUACAAGCCAGUGUCCAACUGGUACUACCUGCUGCAAGCUAGCGUCUGGUGCCUGGGGUUGCUGCCCUUUCCCUAAGGCGGUAUGCUGCAGUGACCACACCCAUUGCUGUCAAAGAGGCUACAUCUGCAACGUCGCUCAAGGAACCUGCACCAAAGGAGCCCUGACCCUACCAUGGGCAUCAAAGAGUGUCGCUCGACCAAUUGAGGAUCCACAGGUCGAGACUGGAAUAAAAUGUAACAACCGUUACAUGUGUAAAUCGAACUUCACGUGCUGUAUGACCACGACAGUGGGGAAGUUUGCGUGCUGUCCGUUGCCAAAGGCUGUUUGUUGCAACGACCAAGUACAUUGCUGCCCCAAUGGUCACGUAUGCAAUGACGCUACAAAAAAAUGUGACAAGAAAAUGGAGUCACUGCCGUGGAGUGAAAAACUGGAUGCAGAAGAAUCGACCACAGAGGUUGAAAAUGUUAUCUGCCCUGGUAGAACAUCUCAGUGCCCAAGUGGAACCACCUGCUGCAGGCUAGCGUCUGGUGCCUGGGGUUGCUGCCCCAUCCCUAACGCGGUGUGCUGCAGUGACCACACCCACUGCUGUCCCAGCGGUUACACCUGUGACACUUCACAAGGAACCUGCACCAAAGGAGAUAUGACCCUCCCAUGGGAGACAAAGAACGUCGCCCAACCAAUCAAGGUUGAAAAUGUUAUCUGCCCUGGUAGUGCAAGCCAGUGUCCUGAUGGAAACACCUGCUGCAAGCUAGCGUCUGGUGAGUGGGGUUGCUGCCCCAUCCCUAACGCGGUGUGCUGCAGUGACCACACCCACUGCUGUCCCAACGGCUACACCUGUGACACUUCACAAGGAACCUGCACCAAAGGAGAUAUGACCCUCCCAUGGGAGACAAAGAACGUCGCCAAACCAAUCAAGGUUGAAGCUGUUAUCUGCCCUGGUGGUACAAGCCAGUGUCCAACUGGUACUACCUGCUGCAAGCUAGCGUCUGGUGCCUGGGGUUGCUGCCCUUUCCCAAAGGCGGUAUGCUGCAGUGACCACACCCACUGCUGUCAAAAUGGCUACAUCUGCAACGUCGCACAAGGAACCUGCACCAAAGGAGCCUUGACCCUCCCAUGGGAGACAAAGAAUGUCGCUCAACCAAUCAAGGCUGAGAUCGUUCCCUGGUCCAGCAAGACCUUGGCAUUUACUACCACUGGUGUAGACUCUGUCGUGUGUGACAGCUCCUACCAAUGUCCUGAUGGAAACACUUGCUGCAAGCUCGCUAGCGGACAAUGGGGCUGCUGCCCCCAAGUAAAGGCUGUGUGUUGCUCUGACGGCAUCCACUGUUGCCCCAAUGGAUACACCUGUGAUGUCUCGGCCGGUACUUGCAGCAAAUCCUCAGCGCCCAUCCCAUGGGUCUUGAAGAACCUUGCCCUACCGGACGGCUUUGGGGAUGUGCAGUGCGAUAGCACUCAUCAGUGCCCGACCGGCAACACCUGCUGCAAGUUGGCAUCUGGACAAUGGGGAUGCUGCCCCUUACCAAAGGCAACAUGUUGCAGUGAUCAACAGCACUGCUGCCCUCAGGACACUACCUGCGACAUUUCAGAAGGAAAGUGCAACAAGAAGGACGAGGUCCUAACCUGGACCACAGAGUCACUGGCCCUACUGACCCUUGGCAAUAUAAAGUGUGAUGAUACGCACUAUUGCCCAGAGGGUAACACCUGCUGUAAGAUCCUGACAGGAACCUGGGGUUGCUGCCCUCUACCUAAGGCAAGUUGCUGUGCUGACAUGCUUCACUGUUGUCCCAACGGUUACAACUGCGUAAGCGGACAAUGCCAAAAGUAAACCUGAAUCCAACACCUCGCUGAAUCAACCCUGGUACUGUAGAACUUAACAAGCGGUUCUUUGACAAUCAUAGUAUGCAAAUUGCGCCAAACCCACCCCUUUGUUGUGACUUCAAUUUUACUUAGUCAUGUAAAUCUAUUGUAAGUCUAGCGUGGCUUCAUUUAGACUGUAAUGGAAUAAAUGUUCCCGUUCUGCACAUAAUUUACUCUUUCAAGACACAUGAAAGAGAAUAGUUACAUUCUAAAAGGACAAGGUCGGCAAUACAUGUGUUAACAUGCAUUAUAUGGUAAUGCGUAGUGUGCUUUUUUAAACUAAAACUACACUUUUUUUUAUGGACAACACUGUGCAAUAUGGAUGCAUGGUAUUAUGUGUGUUCAUUUUGACACAUUACACAGAACACAUGACAAGGGACAUAUGGAUUUCCGGCCUUAAAAUUCAAACUACGUGACUUGAGACGCUAGACGCUUCCUGUUCAACUUUGUACUUCUAUUUUGGGACUCUGACCAGUUGUAACAUUUGAUUUUAUAGAAACUUAAAAUGGGAUUGAAAUUUUAAUAGGGGUGUUUUUUUUGUAGCACUGGAGCUUUUCAAAGUUUUUUUAUUAUUCAAAAUAAUGAUGCUAGAAAAGUGAGCAGUGAUUUCAUUACAGUAUUACAUGUGUUUGGAAAUAUUGUAAAGUUUCAUCAAAGUUUAGACAGAGUAGGGUGUUUGUUCCCUGGGUUGUUGUCGGUUCAUACGCAAUGUAGUGAAAAUUGAGGCUUUGUCAACAUUGGCGGCUACCUCUCUGGCUAUGGCUGCGACUGGAUCAUCAUUGCGUUGAAGGUUAGGUUGCUAUUAGCAACAGCCAUAGCCACUUUCUGUUGUGCUGUAACUCUUUCAAUAUAAUUAUGGGUGUAUAAACUUGUUAUCAACCCCAUUGUAGUCAUUGAUGUGCAUGGUGUGGACCAUAAAAACUAUGGUAGUAAACUAAUGGAUGUAUAAAACACUUUUUGGAGAAGAGUUUGUUCUGAGAAGAGCCGGUUUUGUCUCAACGUUUUGAAUAGUUUACUCUUCUUGCUAUUCCUCUGAAGAAGGGCAGAGCAUACCGUUCUAAAUGAGUUAAAAUUGGUUCUGCUCCCAGAGCCUAAACUCCUCCCAAAUAGUGCUUUAUUCAUAAUACUAUUUUACCUGCAAGUUUACUACGUUUGCUUUUAUCAUUCAUAAGCAAUGCUCUAUCUUUUCUUACAUUGUAGUCAUAUGUGGCCACUAACUUGGUCAUAAUCCCUGUGUGCAAUAGCAACUAUGGAAGCUGAUUGCGAGGAUACUAAACAGAGGCACUGACUAAUUGAUUAGGAAAACAAUAUGGUCCCCAAUUGAUAUGAACCAUUUUGAAAUUAUGUACUCAAGUUAAAAAAAAAAAAGCAGGUAUAAUAGUGAUUAUCUUUAAUGAAAACUGUAUGCAAAUUAGACAUUGUAUUGCACUUGCAACGCAUGUUCAAAGGUGUACAACCAUUGUCGCAUUAUGAAUAUGCAAAACGUUGUAUGGCCCCAAAUGUAGUUUUUAAACACUCCUUGUUGUCUAAGUAAAAUAUUUCAAAUUGGUUGGCAAUGUUUUUGUGUAGGUGCACAGUUCACAUGCAUUGUGUUAUGUGGCUAUUCAAACCGCAUCUGCAGCCGUUUUGUUUUACUCCUUAACUUUGGUUUUUCCUCUCCAAUAAAUAUUUUGAUUUUAUACUCGAGGAUCUGAAAGUGAUGUUUAGUCAAUUGUUUUGCACAAUGUUUGUACACCUAAAGAAAGUACACCGAUUUGGUAAAUUUUUUACAAUUUGUUUUUCUAACUUCGUUAGCAAAGACUGUCAACUGUUUUUGUUUUUUCAGUGAAAAGAUGUUAUUGGAUGAGAACACUUGAAAUUUAAAACAUUUCCGUUUUUCCAAAGGUGCUUAAGACAAAAUUGCUACUGUGUUGAAAUUACUAGAAGUGUUAAAGACUGUUAAAAACAUGAAACACUUUGGGAGAGGGGUGGUGAUAACCAACACUGUAGUUCAGUCUUGACUAUAACCAUUCUCACACUGCAAACAGAAUUCACGGGACAUGUAAACCCCUGGGAAAUUCCUGGGGAGUUUAAACAUUAACACCACCCCAUGCUUAACAGCAUUUCUCUUGUGCGAAAUUAACACGUUUUCGUUAAACAUUUUCCAGAAGUUUUCUCGGGUAGCAGGUGUGGAUAUGUCAACCAAGUUAGUAUAUCCCAUGUGAAAUUCCUUGAGUGUGAAAGGGGCUUGGAAGUGUAAUUGUUUUCAAAAUGCACUCUAAAAAAAGUAUUGUCUUUACUUAUUGAAGCACGGUGAAUGAUUUUUAUAUUCUGGAUCUAACGUUUUGUAUGUGGUAGACAGCUUAUAUUAAAAAGAACAUUGAAAAUGCUUGGUAGUAGAA